GAAGGACCCGCCAUGCAGCACAGCUAGUACCUAGGGUAUCAUGCUGCAUGCAGGCUAUUCUGGUAUCCUGGAACCCUAAACUGGAAGUUGAACUUCAACUGGGUUCCAUUCAAAUGGGUUCCAUUCGUGGUCAGGAAUGGUGGCGUUGCUGCAACUUGAAGUUGAAGCACGAAAUCAGUGUCUCCUCAGUGUCUUUGCCGCCAUAUGUUUUGUCUACAAGCAUUCAGAGCGCUUGGCAGGCCAGGCCAGAGUGCGGUGAGACACAAUUCGCCUUGGUUGCAGGGACAAAGCCUCCUUUUCCUUUUUCUCCUCGCCGGAAGGUAGCACUUGUUAGAACCAAGGUGGAGGCAAACGAAGGUGAAAUCUGACCUUAACGUUUUCGCAAUGGAGGAUGGCAUUACUGCAAUCCAAUCAGCGUUUUGGGAGCUGGCAUCGUCAAUAUUCUUUCUCUUGGAGACGAAGGGACAGACCACCGCCAGAAGCGGGCCAGGACAAGAGGAAUCUGACAGUAGGAGGAUCCUAGCAGACCUGCAUUGGAACAUUCAGAGACUUCAGAAGUCAUGUGACAUGGUUCGACAAACGAUUCAACUGGCGAGAAAAAAAUCAAGUCUAGAAAAUCGUCCCAGCCAGCAUGAGCAAGAAACUUCGGACCAUAGAUUGCUUGAGGGGAGUCAUUCUGGAGUUGGGAGUGGUGUGGAACUCAACACAGAGAAGCUACAAGCAUUGUUAUUGGAUCUGCAGGAAGUAGUAGCUCGGACCAGUAUACCCGUUCGGGUGCCGAAAGCGAUUCUUUGAAGAUAUUCACUUCAUGAAACGAAUGGUUGUGACGAG